AUGGAAAGGGGUGCAGGGAAUCACCAUAAGUUUAUCUUGUACAGAGACCUUCCAUUGUACAAGUACAGGCGAUGCAGAGAAUAUGGGGCCAACUAUGGAUUUAAGUGCAACAAUACAAAUAACUCAAACUGCCAGUUUGUUCUACACCAAGGGUGUGCUCAACUCUCUAAGAUCUUGUUGGCCCCUGUUUACAGCCCACGUAAAUUUGCAUUACAAGCAAAAUCUGAGCGCGAAAUGUAUACUUGCACAGCCCGUGAGAAGCCCAUAAAAGGUUUAUUUUACAGAGAGAGUGAUCAUCCCCAUAUGAGGCUUCAUCCUCUCUGCAUAAAGCUUCCUUCACAGGUUGAUUCUCCAGCUCAUCCUCAUCCGUUGGUUCUUUCUUCAGCAAGAGGACGCUACACUUGCAUGCAUUGCAACAAAUUGAGAAAUCGGGAAUGGAGAUAUGAAUGCGAGAACAGUGCAUGCAAGUUUGUAUUGGAUUUGCAUUGCGCAAAACGUGAAAUCUACGGAAUUCCAAAGACACGCAGAGAUACUAGCAAUGUGAUACGUGUUACCACGCUCACUGUUCUCCGCCUUGUCGGAAUUUGCGUACCUUUUGUUGGUGGUGGUGUUGGAGAAGUCGUACCCGGAGAUGCUGGCCAAAUCGAUGAUACGGCAUGUCAGGCUGCUGGAGUUGUUGCCCAGGUUGCUGAACAUGCGACUCACAAUGUAAAUGAAAAUGGAAACCAAAAUAACUUCCAUGAAAAUUCAUUGUAG